AAAAAAGUUUACAACAAAUAUGACAGAGAUUUUUAAAGGAGAGACACCCGAAGACAUUGACAACAAAUGUCUAGACGUUUGUCACCGAUAUUUGGACGGCGUUUGGAAAGAACUAACUGUGGAUCAGCUGAGUGUGAGUCGGAUUAGCGGCGGUUUUACAAACCUUACGUUCCGGUGCUCUUUGACGGGCGGCGCCGAACCGGUGGCCGACGAACCCCGCGAUGUGUUCGUCCGCUUUUACGGACCGAAACUGAUUCCCGACACCGAGUCUUAUGAACGGCUUUCAGACGUUAUGGUUAAUCUGUUGGCGUCGGAGCACGACUUGGGACCCAAGAUAUACGGCAUAUUCAGCGACGGUAUGAUUGGACAGUACAUCCAUAGUCAUGCCAUGAGUCUCGAGGACCAGAAGAAUCCCCCAUUGAUUGGCGAAUUGGCCCGAAAAGUGGCCAAAUAUCACGCCCUACGGGUGCCGAUGGCUCGGGAACGCGAUCGCCAGCGCAGGAUCUUCGAGGAGUUCUACGGCGGCGCCCAUAAAGAGACGCCCGGAUUGGACCAAAUGCUGCGAGAGGUGGGCGCACACAACUUGGUUGACCACAAUCUACGGGAAGAGAACGAAUGGCUGCACAGGUGUGUGGACGCCAUCGGAUCGCCAAUUGUCUUCUCUCACGGCGACCUCUUCUGCGGCAAUAUACUGGUCGCCAAUCAGAUCCGAGAGGGCAGCGACACGAAUGUCACCUUGAUCGAUUUGGAGUACUCGUGCUAUUGGCACCGGGGUUUCGAUUUGGGC